GGUCUGUCAAAUGAGAGCUUGGCACAUAGGCCAGCUCGGAACUGGCCGAGCGCAGGAGCGAUUGUUUUUGAGAAACUGCAGCUACGAUAUCGCGAAAACUUGGAAUGUGUGUUGAAAGGAGUUAGUGCCGUCAUUAGGCCAGCUGAAAAAGUGGGAAUUGUGGGCAGGACUGGUGCUGGUAAAAGUUCGCUAACGCUUGCUCUGUUUCGGAUAGUUGAACCAUGUUCUGGACGGAUCUUAAUUGAUGGUGAAGAUAUCACAAAAUUACCAUUGUAUGAUCUCCGCUCUAAUCUCACGAUUGUUCCGCAGGAUCCGGUGAUAUUUUCUGGGACGUUGCGCAUGAAUCUGGAUCCGUUCGGCAUUUUCGAUGAUGCAACAAUAUGGCAUGCUUUGAAAGUGGCGCAUUUGGCAUCGUUCGUGCUUUCGUUCUCCAACAAACUGGAGCAUCAGUUGAGUGAAGGAGGCGAAAAUAUCAGGUAUGGGGUAGGGCCAAAAGCGGUUGUUGAGAACAUCAAUUUAGUUACUGUAUAA